CCCAGGACGCGGCCACUGCCCCUCGCCUUGGCGGGCAGGGCAGCGGCGUCGUGGUGGCCGCUCCCUGACGGGGCAGUUGCUGCCUCUCGCCUUGGCGGGGUGGCGAGCGGUGGGGAGGGGUCCCCAGCCACCCUCCGGGGCACUGACCUGCAGGGAGGUGUCUGCUGCCCUGAAAGAGCUGAGAGCCAGCGUGGGUGACACAGGGUGCGGGUUAAUGCUCCUUGAGGUGGAUCCUGAGCAGGUCCUGAGCUGGACCCUGGCUGGCGUCAAGCAUUGUCCUGAUGUUACUUCAGACGUGUACAAGAUGAGUGUUAACUGGCCUGCUAAGGAGAGGCCGAUACUGUAUAUGGAGCCACAUGCACAGUGUGCUUUGCCAUAUUGUCACAGUGGAAAUCACCUGUGUCUCUUUCUCUUGAAGGCCUGUAUCUGGCAUACACCCAGUAACAAUUUUAAAAGCCUGGUUUGAUUGGUGUCACCACCAGUCUUGGAAGGUCACAUUUUGAUGAGCCUUGAAAAUUACUGAUCCGGUAAACUGUUAAGACACCUUUUGUGCCAUAUGUAAACAUUGUUUUGCUUUGUGAAGUAUAGGCUUGGUGAGUGCAGCUGCCAGUGCAUGACUGCUUUUAAUGUCCCUUAAAGCUCCAUACUGAAGAUCUGUGGGAAAUUAUUAGCAUUUUAAUAUACGGGACAGACCUGGCAGUCUGUACCUUGUGAGGUUAGUGAGAAUUGGCUACUUUGGGAUUGACUUUCAGCACUUAUAUCCCUAAUACUUGUUUUCAUUAUGAGAAAAAGGUAAAUCACCUAGAAGAAUAACUGCUUGCAAAUGAAGUCUGGAGAUUUUUCUUAAAUAUAGUUAAAACUUUUUCAAUCUCCCUCAGUUUUUUUCUUAAAAAUACAGUUAUUUAGAUCAAGAUUUAGAUCAGCCACAGUUAAUAAGAGCUUGUUUUUUGGAUGGUAGUCUGGGGGUAUCUUGGAGAAACCAAGUUUACAGGGCACGUUAAAACCAACUCUUCAUAGCAACUGAAAGACAGAAUUCAAGGUCACCUUUGGGGACUCUGUGGAAUGCAAAAGUUUUGUGAUCCUUUCCUCUGUAGAGAAGUAAGCUAAUAGAGUGCAUCCUUAGUUAUAUACAUGCUUUCAUAUUGUUUGAGAUGUACAGUUUUGAACCUCAGUAGGCCUAAACUUAACCUUGGGUGCAGGCAAGGUCAUGCCCCCCUUCAUGUGUGUUCCUUUACAUAGUGCUUCCUAGCAGAAGGCCUUUGAUGACUCACUGCUGCUUCAGACAGCAGUAACUUGCUCCAUAUGAACAAGUCAUCUGAGACUGCAGAUUGUGGAGGAAGUAUCAAGUCUAAGAGACUCACAUUUAUACAGUGAAUGUCCCUCUGCAAGGCUAAACUAUGGUCCCCAUACAUACAUGGAAGAAAGGGGGUCUACUGAAUUUACUCACAUCUGCCUAUAUUUCUGCAACUGAGUUUAUUUUGUGAUGUGGGAGACUAUUCUCUAGGCUGACAGUUGUGUUCCAGAUUUGUGUUUCAGAAGGGCUUAAGGCAUUAUCACUUAUGGACUGUGUAUUCUGCUUUGACCCAGUAAGAGCAGUAGCCUGUUGUGUCCUGCCAGGGCAAAGCUUAUGAGGCAUCACAGAAAACACCCUUAUGUCUGUGGGAACAUGUGGGGUAACAUUCUUCCCUCAUAUGAUGUCAUGUGUUUGUUCAGAUGGUCUGCAGUUAGAAAAAUAAUAUGGGGAAAAAAGAAAAAAUUACAAAUACAAGAGAAUGUAACAUAAAAACUCUUAAGGGUCUGACAAAACUAAAUAGAUUCUUUUUUGGGGUUAGUAGAUUCUGUUCUGCUUCCACAGAGUUCAAGAGCAAAACUUUUAUUAGUUUAAAUGUGAUCUGAAUCAGAUGUUACUCUUUAACAGUAUUUACUCGGACUUCUUUAGUAAGUCAAGCUUGUCCAGAGACACUGACACUGGAAAUAACAGUUCAGCUGGAUACAUGCUUACCACUGAUUCUGUAGUUUGUGUUUUUUACCCAUGCACUGUCACCGAUCUUGAAAAACAUCUAAUUUUGUUUGUUUACUUUGGAUACUGCUCCUUAUGUGCAAUUUAAAUAAUAGGUAUGGAAGUUCAAACUUUGCUGAUAAAAUCGAGUAAGGUACCUACUGCCCCUUUGCUGUGAAUAUCGUAGCAGCUUCCCAAACUUUGUUUUGGGCACUUGUGUACUUAUCAGAUACUUGUUAUUAUUCCUUAUUCUGUUAAUGAUACCAUUAGGAAGAUGCCAUCAUGCCACUAAACUGAAAACAACCCCCUUUUCCAGGGGCUAUACCAUCCUAUUUAAUCAGUAUUGGUAAAACUUUUGGAACAAUGGUGUGUACACUCAAGACAUAAAAGUGUAGUUGUCUAAAAGCAGUGGUUUCUCACAAAACUUUUUUGCUGAGCAUUGAAAGAACGUGCAUGAUGAGUGGGUAGAGGAGAUAAGAACCUGUUAUCUCUCUGAUCUGCCUUUGAGCUUAUGUCAGUGAAAAGUGUAGCUUAAAGCACAGUUAAGAGCAACUGUACAGUCUGUGCAACAGGUGUAGUGGGAGUUGCUUGGCUGAGCAGUGUGGGUGUCCUCCCCUGGGGUUGUGCAGAAGGCACCCCAUCAUCACAGGAAGCCUGGGCACCCCAGGGCACCAGUAAGUCUUCUGGCGCCAGAGGCUGCAGUGAAGCACGUUUGAAAGCAGAGUUCAGCCCCAUGACAGAGGACAAAGAAAGAGCGUGUUGUUGAUUUCAAAGAUUGUAAUUAACAGCCUUAAAAAUCAUUAUGUCUGUAGUAUAAUAUGUUAUAUAGUGUAUUUUGCCUGUGGCCAGUGAUAAAGUUAUUUAGUUAAUUUUGUUGUUUUAGUGCAAUCAUAGUUUAGGUAAAUGCAUUGUUUAGCAGAUACUAUGCUGAUGUUUUGAAUAAAUCACAAUCCAUCUGAACUUAAUGCAUUACAAAAGACUUUAAAUUAGGUAUUGUGCUUUCUUCUAUUACAUGUAUCAUAAAAUCAUAGAGUGGUUUGGGUUAAAAGGGUCGUUAAAGGUCAUCUAGUCCAACUCCCUGCCAUGGGCAUGGACACCUUCCACUAGACUAGGUUGCUCAAAACCGUGUCCAAGCUGGCCUUGAACAGUUCCAGGAAAGGGACAUCCACAACUUCUCUGGACAGUCUAUUCCAGUGCUUCCGCACCCUCACAGUAAAGAAAGAAUUUCUUCCUUGAGGCCAAUCUAAAGCUAUCCUCUUCCACUUUAAAACCAUUGCCCUGUCAAUACAGGCCCUGCUAAAAAGUCUGUCUUAAAAGCCCCCUUUAAGUACUGCAAGGCUGCAAUAAGAUCUUCCUGGAACCUUCUUCUCUGGGCUGAACAACUUCUCAGCCUGCCACUGAAGUACUAACAGAUCUAACAGAUCUUUCCUGUGCAGAGGGCCCCAGAGCUGGAUGCAGGACUGCAGGUGGGGUCUCACGAGAAGAGAGUAGAGGACCUCUUGACCUACUGUACAUGCUCCAUGUUAUACAACCCUGGAUGCUUGGUGUCCUUAUAGUCUUACUCAAGGUUAAAAAAGGGCUGUCAUCCUUAGUUGGCUUUAGCUCUAUAAAUGAAUCUGUAACAUAACCAAAUUUUAUUGGGAGAUAAGAUUUUGUUUCCAAACUUCACUUCUGGAUGGCAAUGCAUUUGGGGUACAGUUGAGCUCUCUGCAGAGUGAAGGGCAUACACACUUCUAGGAUAUGCUCCUGAGAGUUAAAUUCAGGCUGCAAAGGAAGUGGUAAGAGUUUGACUGUUUAUUUUAAUUGGGAGAGGAGUUCACUCUGAUGGCUUAAGUAGCAUAUGAUUCUUGCACUGGCCCCUACUUCCUAAACUUUUUUCAUAAGAAGAAAGAAAGUCACUCCUACAUUGUUAUUUCUGACUCUCUCAAUUCUCCUUUAACAUUUUUCAAGCAAACCAGUGUGAUUCCAGAAAGGACACCCCUAGAAAGUUAAUUAAAAUAAAUUCAUGUGCCAUAUUUAUACUGGGCAUAAGAUCAUCAUGAGAUCAUAAUUUUGAAGCAAUAUUCAGCUGCCCAACACAAAGAAAGCCCACACAGGCAUGCACAAGAGAAGAAUGAAUAUUGUUUCCUUUUCUAGAACUCACCUGUGAACAGACUUUAUAUAAAAAUAGCACAUUCUCUGUUUAGGGGCCAGUGUAUGUUGACCUCAAGGAUAAUAAGGAAAGUUUUUGAGGCAUUUUUCUCUGACCCAGUGGAUGGAUCUGUAUUUGAGUUUCCUGAUUUCCUGGAGCUGGUGACUACAGAAGGCAGCAUAGGCUAAGGGAAACCUCUCCUGUAGCAAUGUCCUUGUUGAGAUAACAGUGUGUGCAGUUGGUGGUCCCAAGGGAACUUUGGUUUGCUCUGUUUUUGUUUGGAAAUAAAAUUGCUUUAAAGAUAGCAACUUUUUUAUUUAGAUAUGAGUGCCAAUAUGUUUGAAAUUCUGUCAGAACAGUGACAUGACCCCCAUCACACCCUAUAUAGCCUUAGGCAUCUGCUGGAGCACUCAUGCAGAUGUAUAUGCAGUGCUUUGCAAAGGUGCAUGCUUUUAUUUGACUCUGUGAAGGUUUGAUUUCUCAUACCUAAGUUUUCAUUUCCUAGCAGCUUGAGCACUUAGUUAUUCCUGUGCAAGCUAGAAGUAAAAUGCAACCAAUGUGAAUGGAGAGUUCAGGUUUGAUAAUACUGUGCUGUCCCAGUGCACAAAUAUACUUUAUUAUUUAUUUAUUAUACUAGGUACUAGCUGGUGGUGAAGCAAAUUUUGAACCUGUAAGUAUAGGUUGUCACUUUUGUCUUUUCACAUUAGCUGCAUUGGAGCCUCCCAGAUUGUUCCCUUUCCUACAAUAAAGGUUUUGAGGUUCUUUUUAUUUAAAGUGUUUCCUUGUUAACAGAAGCCAACCUUUGGUUAAUAUUUGGUGAAAAAAAUGGUAAACCACCAAACUUUUAAUUAAACGUUAGCAGGUAAGGAUCUCAAUUAUGUAGUUAUAGUCCACCUACAGUUUGUGUUGGUUUUCGGCAGUUGUUUUUAGUUAUGAUGUUUCAGUAUCUCCUGUCAAGACGUGGUCAGUCUGGAGUGGUAUGGAUCUAGAUAAAAAGAGAUUAGUCCUUUAAAACACUGCCUUACCCUUUUCACUUACAUUCCAAAAUGCACAGAAUGUGGAGUAUUAGACAGCAACAUUCAUUGCCAGUUUGAAGUGGGUCUGUUAGAUGUGCCAUGAGUUUUUCAUCCUUUACUCUCCCUUUUUUUACCAUGGUACUAGUAUGCAGAAGCCACAACUACAAGUAGGAUGCUGCUGGGUCAACAAGUGCUGUGUUCUGUUCCUCCCUGACUGGCGACAGUGCUACAGGUGGCAACCUUUUGUAGUGAAGUGUCUCAUGGUAUUUGCUGAACUUCCAAGAAGUAGAACUUCCACUGUUCUACAAUCCAGUAGAUUAAGAGAUACUUGACUGAUGAUGUGCUGCUUAGUUUGUUUGUAUCACUUAGUGUUUUAGUGAGUUGUUUAAAUAUUCCAGUUCAGUGCUGUGACAGGUUCAGAAACAACGCCUCAAUAAUGUCUGUGGGAAGUUCUUCGUGCAAGGGACUAGAGAGUGGUGGCCCCUAAAGGAGAAUGCAUUGCUGGUUUUCUUAUGUAUUAUCUCAACAGUACUGAAGUAUUUUGGUUUCCAAACUGAUGUGGUCGAAGCAUUGCUAAGUCAUAUCCCUCUUGUACAGUGCCUCAUGCUUUCUAUUUACAGUGAAUUUUUCUUUCCAUGUUGCAGUCAUGUUUGCUUUUCUCUCAGAAACUGUUACCAGUACUUUAUUAAAAUAAAGCAAAGCAAUCAUCUAGUUGAUUUUUAUACUUUGGUCAAAAGCCAAGCUGUGGCACUGAUUUCCAUGGUAGGUUUAUAAAACUGUGCCUACAAAAUACAAAAAAAGUUGCUCAAAAAUACUGUAUUUCUAUGUCUCUUAGCAGCUCAGCCCUCUGCCAUCCUUCUGCUAAAAAAUUUUCAUGAGAAAGCAGUGGAAAGAGACAGUAAGUUAAAUGACUGAAGGGUCAGUUCAAGUUUUGUGGUUUAUUUUCUGUUUUGUAAUGAUUUACAUAAGCAAUGCUUACUUCACUGUGUAAUACAGUACAUGCAUGAGUUCAGUAUAUUCUUUGCUUUUCACACUGUAGUGUGGUUGAAAUGGUGUAUGCUGCAGAUUUCUGUAUUAUGAGAUGGAGUUCUAUUUUGUGAUUUUGGUUAGCUUUUCUAAUUUGUAUUUCUGUUUCAAGUUGUGGCAGGAUAUUUACAUAAACUUACUUAAGUGACUUAUCGAAUAGAUGACUUUUGGUCUUGUUUUCCAUUUUUUCUCUUUAACUGCACUUAAAGCCACAUACAGUAAGAAAGUAAAGACGAUGUUUUUCCAAGUGAUUAUUCUUAGUGCUUAGAGUACAGGGCCAGAAUGUUUUGUGUAGCUGAUGACACUAGUGCAGAAACUGUUUCUGAGGCAAUACUAGCAGAGAAAAGAGAAUUUGAGGAGUGUCUCAUUACUUUAAGUGCUUUCUAAGUGCUUAUUUUUAAAAAGGAUUAAAUGAUACAAGCAUGGGCUGGCUGCAGUUCAACUGCUGGCUGUUUGCAUUGCUGAUGGGACUUUUCCCAAAGAGUAAAGGCAGUUUACUCACAUACAAACACAAGGUGUGCACAAGAUAUACAUGCUGUGACUCUGUGAGUUCUGAUAAUUUAAAUAUUUGCAGUUACGCAGGUGAAUGGUAAAUAGAAAGUAUUCUUGAGGAAAUGCAUGAACCAUACAUGUGUAAUCACUGCACUGCAGUUCCUAGCAACUACAAGUAUUUUCCUGUCAUUAAUUCCAUUUCUCAAACUUCAUCAACAUACAUACAUCAUGUUUUAUUAUAUGGUCUUUAAAGACCCUGUUUGUACUACUAACCCCUUCAUUUUUUCAAGCGUCAUGUAUGUGAAGGGGUCCAAAAUGUGGAUGAGUUCUAUCUUACUACAUCAACAAUUAUAACCAACAAUUCGAACAGAUGGUCAAAAAUAUUUUUGUUUAAGAGCUACUUAAUUUAUUCAGCUAUUGUCAAGGAGGAAAAUUAAUGAAUAAAUAACGGUAAAGUUGAGUUGUUUUUUAAAGCUACCCUGAAGUGUUUGAGGCUCUCUGUUGUCUCUAAACCAGACAGAAAUCAUGCAUCCAUGAUAAAGAGGAAAUCUCAGCGUGUGUGGUUUCUUAGAGCUGUAAAACUCUUCAAGAAGAAUCUGCAUAGUCACUGAGUUACUUGGGUUCUGUCAGUAUUAAAAAUAACUGCAGUAGGCACCCUCAGUAGGUAUACACGUUUAAUUACAAAAGCAGAAUAAUUUCGCAGUAGGCUGGCACAAUUUGAGUAGAGGUGCCGUUUGUUUCACCUGAUACAGGAUUUGUUCUAAGAAAAACAUUGAAUUCAGUGCAGAUAUUUUAUAUCAUUGGGGGUUUGUCCCAGGCAUGUAUUAUACUCUUGCAUUUGAGCUGGGAAAUGCAGUAGUUCAUUAUGAUAGCAAGGUUUGGGGAUUUGUUUGCUUUUCUUCAGUGGCACCGUGCCUGUCAUGCAGAUUCACAGUUGCUGGAGCAGUGCUGCAGCCGGGUGCUGAGAUGGUGUUUUUUGCAGCUUAGAGCUCAGAGACUAUUUCUGGAGCAUUUUGGUUAAAUGCUGAAGUAGUUAUUUCACAUUUUGAGGUUGAGGUUCCUUAUCUUCUGCAAGAUCCGUAUCUCUUCAGGAGGUCAGGAGACCUCCACACUGGAACUGGCAGAGCCCCUGGGAGCAGCCAAUUCUCCUGGCUCUGCUGUGAUGAAUCAAAACAGUUGGGAUACAUUACAAAACCCAAUUUCUCUACACAUGAAGGAACCAGUUUUCCAAAAACAGUAGACUGGCCAUCUCUGCCCUAUAAAUACUAUGUUAUUAAAAUAAUAUUAUUACCUAAUGAGCAAACUAUUGGUCUUUUUCUUCUUUCUCAAUAUGAAGUUUUCCAGGUGCUGUGUUUAUGCCAAGAGAUACUUAAUACAAGCCAUCUUUUUAAUUUCUAGUCAUUAAAUAACUGUAGUGCAAUAGACCAAGCCUACUGUUUCCUGUUGCUUCCUGUGGUUGUAUUUGGCACUUGACCCUUGAUUUAGGAAGCCACCCUUUUUUAUGUAUCAUCAGUUUCACUGGAUUUUCAUAAUUCAUUUCACUUUGGCAUUUAUUCUUGCAGUUUACUUUGGGUAUUUCUGUAGUCCACAUUAUCAUAAUGUCUGGGUGCUUGUGUAGUUGCUUUGGAGUUCCAUCUGUAGAGGACAAUUUUUGAAUUCCCCAACAUUUUUUUUUUAAUCUUUGCAAAACAUUAAAAUGUUAUUUUCACACCUUACCACUUCUAUGCAGAAGAUCUGUACAUCACCAAAAUUCCACUCACCUCCUCAUGUAAAUGCUAAAUUUAGAAGUAAAUGUUAUUCAGAUCUCUUUUGUAGGACUGCCUGCAUGGCUGAAUUUCAUUAAUUAUGUUUUGAUGAAUAUAUUCCUUUAGAUUCAGAGCUAACCUUCCCUCAAAUCUUGGCAUAAUACAGAGCUCUUUGUACAAACACAAACAUUGUCAUUUCCUUCCAGGUGUUUUCUUAGUGCUCACAGAGCUCUUUUGAGCACAGAAAGAAAUGCUGCUAGUGAAGUUCAACAGUACAGUCACUAUAAAUAAGCUCUCUUUCCAGUGGUGUUACCACCAUACUGCAUGGCCAUCACAUGGUGGACGAUAGGUCAUCACUGAGGAAAGUUCCUCUACAGGAGCAGCCAAAGGGAUUUGGCUUAGGUGCUUCUGCACCUUCUGCAAAACAGUUGCUGUUUCUGGAACAACCUUCUCCAACAGCCUUCAACAUAUCAGCCAAGUAGCAGUAGGUAUCUUUUUCUCCUGACUAACCUGGGCAGGUAUUACAAGUCUUUAAGCCUCAGAUUGCUGAUAAGGGAACUUGAGCAUACCAGCUACUUUUAGAAGACCAAGUGUUUGUUACAUAUAGGGAAUAUAGUUCUGUAAAUUUAUAUAUACACUAGGGAAGUCUGCAGAUCUAAAAUAUAUGCAGUUCAAGCAACGGUCCUUCAAGGAAAAAAAAACAAAUUGGAAAUACAGGGACAUUUGCUGUGGCCCUUGCACUGCAGUUACCCCUGUGGGUGACCCAAUACUGAUACAUCUUUGAAACUGCUUGUUUACUUCUUACUCAUUAUGAUUAAUCCUUAUAAAGUAUAGGUCAGUAAAACUUAAUAGGAGCAGUGGUUUCCUGUCUCAUUUCUUUAGGGACUUUCUUUUCAAGAUCUUUUUCUUAAACAGGACAAGUGGUUUCAGAGAUUGGGCAAAAAAGGCUAUACCUUACCUUGCUGAUCAUGGAGAAAUUUGUACCUUAGGAAGACUUCAUGGUCAUGGAACCUGUAUUCAGAUUUGGAAGAAAUACUCCCUCAUAUGCUAAAGAGAGAAGAGGAUCCAGGACAUUUCUUCUUUUCCGUUUAAAAAUUGCUGAGAAAGUGCUAAAUAAAUUAUUUCUGUUUCUUAAAAUAAACAGUUUGCUAGCUGCUUUCUUGUGCAAUCCUUUUAGUACCCAAGAUGAAUGAGGCAUGCAUAUAAGAUUGCUUACAUGUAUGUGACACAAAGUAAGGACAGCAGUAUGAUAAGGAAUACCCUUGUCAAAUACUGGCAUUUAUUGCUGAAUUCAGGGAGUUUCUAAAUUAUUUUGUUCAUUAGAAACUUGUGUACUGGCAAUAAUGGGCAGGGAGAUCCGGACAUUCUACCUAAAUGUUGAAUUUCUCCUUAGAGACAAGUGGAGAGUACAAGGAGUGCUUCAGAGAUCUUGACUGGAUUGCUGUCUUUUCUUCAUAAGCAGGUUUGGCACAGGUAUGAGGAUAUUUAGCAGCCCUCUUCAAGAAGCAGGUGCCAGUUGCUAGGAAGCACUAGGCUAGGGUGAGUCUGUAGUGCAUUUAACUCAAUAAGUAUACUUAUCAAUAUACUUACCUUGAUACUUAGCUUGAGUCUCCACUAUGAGGGUUUAGGCACUUGUCACGGGGCUGGGAGACCCAGCCUAUUCAGCAGCAUUUAAGCACCAGUUCUGCUGCCUAUACCCAUGUAGGGCUACAGUGGUCAGGCUGAGUAUUUACUUCUAGAUCCUUGAAGAAUUUUUUGCACAAGAGGCAUACUUACCUUUGCCUUGGUGAAGCAAGCACGAGAAUUUUCAUAUUUUUUUCAUAUUUGAAUUACGUUUUCUGAAAACUGACUUUUUUUUUUCUGUCUGCUCUUAGAAAAUUGUACUGUUUCUUCUACAUUACUGAUUUACUGCAUUGGAAUCCUGAAAUCAUGCAAUUCAGUUGGAAGAUUAAUGAGGUGUGAUUUCUUUUUCCAGAGUAAAUUCUAAAAGCUAGAGGCCACAGGAGACAUGCACAAUUUGUUACUAUGGUUUAUAUAUUUCUUUGGGUAACUAUACUUCAUUCCAAUGGGAAUGCAGUAGGUGUAAAAAGUCGUUUGCCCUGUUACAUAGGGGUGUAUACUGUUUAUUACUAUUAUUUUCUUUUCUUACUUUGUAAUGCCUACCAAAGCAGCUACAUUUGUUGUCCUUAUUUAUUUAAACAACUUUUGCUGAGAAUAAUAUUUUAGAAGCUUGAAAUUGACCCCACUACAGCAUCAGUUCGCCAAAGAGGGAUGCACAUGCCAGAUUUUAUGCACUGUGAGUAAUCCCAUUGGCUUCAAAGGAAAUGCCCAAUUCUUGAAGUCACUUCAGUCUUUUUAGGAGCAGGUCUUACUUUUUAUACUGUUGAAUGCUAAGAGAUUGCCAUUGUUGUCUUUGUUUUUAAGGGGUUAGUGAAUGUGUUAGGUGCGAUUCACUCACUUUCCCAGGAAGACCUGUAAAAGCUUGCAUAGCCAAUGGAGAAUGAUACGUAUCUACGGCUUCACCAUGUUUUCUUGACAGCAUCAUUUCAGCGUACCAUGACCCAGGUCACAUUUUUUGCAAGGUGUUUCAUGUUAUGGAUAGGCAAAUAUACACACACAAGUGCACACACACACACACACACGGCUUCCUUGUUAAAUUGUGCUGCUGGUAUCUCUUCCUUCGAUUGAGGUGCAGUACUGAGGACUGAGCUCAGUGUAUAUCAGUGAUAGCCUUCUAGCUGUAUUUUACCUGAUAUGUUCCUAGUGCAACUGGCCAUUGCUUUCAUUUUUGGAAAUGAAUCAGCCAUUCUUGCUAGACAUGACUUAAAGGAAGUUCACGUUGAGGACAAUCAAGCGUCAGAACAGGAUGCACAGGCAUCUUCCAUCUUUGAAGGUUUUCAGACUGACAAAGCCUUAAUCAAGCUAGUCUGAAAUCAGUCUAGAUCCUGCUUCGAAUGGGAUGUGGGACUGAGUAACUUCUGAGGUUCCCAGCAGCAUUUCCACGAUUCUACACUGGGGUAUAACUUCAGGGAAUGGUCUAGAAUAGCAGUUAUCAGAUUUUUCCGUUGCUAACUCCGUUUCCAGAUCUGAGUUUCAUUUUUGUAGUGGGAAGUUUCACAGGAGUUUCAGCACCAAACUUCAGGAUUCCAUCCCUUUUCUUGAGGAAUUCAGAGCUUGUGGUAUUGUAACUUCAUUUUGAAAUUUAGCAGGAUAUUUUUUAUCAAACAUAUUUUCAUGCCUAGCUAUUGCAGCCUGACAGCUGGUGUUUAAUUCAGGACCUCUGGAAGAGGGCAGUUGAAGAUGUACUAGAGUAUAAUAGUUGGGGAACCACUGAAAGGAGGUGGAAGACCUUGGAUUGGCAACAGUAGGAGUGGGAGCCUGUGCCUGCAGGAAGCCCAUAAGCAUUUCUCAGAGACUUUUCUAAAAGGCAGCAGACUUGGCAGCUCCUAGCUUCCAUAGUUUGCCUUCCCUCCUUCUUUUCAUACUGUCUGUUUAGAUUCUUUAGAAACAGUUUUUUGAGCACAGCCCCUUCCUUUGUCCCUCUCCCUACCUUGCCUAUCUUCUCACAGCCGUGCAUUUUCCUUCCCUUGAAGUAUGCCCUUUGUACCUCCUGUAAGUAAUUUUUUCUCAUUUAAGUAGCACUUAUGGGAUGUGAAAAAACUUAGCUGCCAAGGGAUUUUAAUUUUUCAAGUGGCAUAACAUAAUCAGUUAUAUUACACAAAUAAGUAAUUCUGCAUCAAUUAUUUCAUCUUGAUUGCAUGUCUGGAAAAAUUCAGUGAGAUAUCUCUCAUACCUUCUCUUAGAGACUAGUUUUGUGGAUAUUUGGAAGCUACUUAUGAAUAUGCAUAGGAUGAACAGGAUAAAAUGUAUUUAUGUACAACUGUUAAAAACAUCUAACAUAUUGAAAAAAGGGAAACUGAACAUCUUAGUGUGCACUUUAUGCUCAAGUCAGUAUAAGAUAAAAGUAUAAUAUACUUCUUUAAUAAUUAAUAUACUUAAUUAUUCAAAGGGACAUUUCCUGAGAAUGAUGGUGCCUUUAGGAAAGUAUUACUGAAGACAGGACUUGUUCUUGGGUAUUCCUACUGAUUUUUUCUGAAACUGUGUUGCAUGCAGUUAACACAUUCCUGUGGGUGAACCUUCAGACUUGAACUUACCAAGACUUUACUCUAAGCAUUAGAACUAAAAAUUUUGCACUAAGCCAUCACAUUUACUGCAGAAAAGUUUAGUAUUCCAUCCACCAAUAACAAUGGCAGCUUAGUUAUUUUUAUUUUGCCUUUGCUAGAAAUGCACAUAUCGGCAAAUCACAGCUUCAUAUCCACCCUUAACCACCUUUUCCUAAUUGUUUGGAACUGGCAAAAUAUUUUUUUGGAGAUGAUGACCUUGCUUUCUGGAUUAUUUAAUAGGAAUUUCUGUCCCUUGAGCUCAUAGGAAUGUAGCUCUCAAGGAGCAGAGAAAUAGAUUAUUUUUAUAGGCUUUAGACUAAACAACAUUGAGAGGAUGACCAAUCCACUCAGCCAUACUAAUGCUCCCUAAGCUUUUAAAAAAUUUUCUUUACAGCACCUUACUCUACUGUAUUUUCCUACACAAUUGAACAGCUAUGCCAUAUGCAAUUCAACUGCAGAGUCUCAGGAAAAAGCUGUGUUCCAUGGUGACUGGAAUGGUUAUAUGAAAAAGAAGCUUCCUAAACUGCUUGAGGAUUUUCAGUGUGAAAUAAGAGUAUCAGUUGAAACUUUCUAUAUUUAUGAAUAUAGAGUUGAAAACAAAUACAUUUUUUAAUAGUGCAUGAUCCAGUGUCAGAGCUGUGAUUUUAACAGUCUUGCAGCCUUUUCUUUUUAAUGCUAUUUACCUAUUAGGAGAACACUGUUAAAAAAAAAAUUGAUCUGCUGAAGAGAGAAACAGGUCUUCCUCCAGGCAACACCUAAAUGGGUCUUUUGCUUUGAAUCAGUUUGGAAAGGAAUUCGUCUUUUGCAUUGUCUGGACCAUAUAUUAGGAGAGCUUCUGGACCAUAUUCUAGGAGAGCUUCCUGAAGCUAAUGCUAUGCUUUGUAAAUCAAGUCCUAUACUGAGAGAGUUAAGCUAAAUGUCCCUGUGGGAUAACUUUACCAAAAUUAGUGGCAUUCUCUGACAGUGCAUAUGGCUCCAAGAUAUUGCCAAGAAAGGUUGUGGCUACCACAUCCCUGGAAACGUUCACAAGGCUGGCUGGCUGGGGCUUGGAGCAGCCUGGUCUAGUGGAAGGUAUCCCUUGGGACUAGAUGAUCUAUAAGGUCCCUUCCAACCUAAACCAUUCUGUGAUUCUAUAUUAGAAAAAAAACACUUGAAUAAAAUUAAAUUGUAACCCCACUGUUCCUACUUUGAUCAGUUACCAGAAGUCCCCCUGACUCCACAGAGGAUUUGGGUUUCAUCUGAAGGGUCUUGGGAUUUACUGGUGUACAGUGAAAAUCAUGUCAAUUUUACAAAUGCGCAACGAAAAUUCUAGACUAGUAUCAACAAGUUACAGAAUGGGACACCAUGCUCAAUUGGCCCAAUAGAGAUCUUUCACAACUUAACGUGCAAUGGGAUCAGAUAAAAACAUACUUAACAGAGAAAAAGGAAACAAACUCCUGUAAAAUGACAUUUGCUAUCUCUACUGGUUGGGACAGCCCCAUUUAGUAGCCUGUAAUGCAGUUUGUCAGUCCCAACUGGAGUUGUGAAGUUCUUCAGACUUUUUUCUCUGAAGCAGUGGCAAUGGAUAGGGAGCAGCAUUAGUCUCUUAGUGUAUCUGUCCAACGUAAAUGUAAAUGUUAAGACAUUUUAACUUUUUUCCUUUUUUGUUUAUAAAAUAAAUAUAUCUUGAAUUGUUGUAUAAAUAUACAAUUUUAGCAAAAGUCACUUUAGCUUUCAGGUCUCAGUGAACAGAACUGGAAGAACUGUUCAGUUUAUUUGACAGUAGCAACUGAUACAUGAAUCAAAAAAUAAUCCUUAUGAAUGAUUUGUAUGAAUGCUCGUUGCUGUUUUCCAAAGUAUUUGCGAUGUUGAGACCGAGGAGAAAUCAAUCCAUGUAUGCCACAGGAAACUGUGUUUCAUAUUGGCAAGUUCUAUUGAGCUUAGGGACACCCAAUUAAAAAAAUUCUGCUUAUGAGAAACGUAGCAUGCUGCUUUGCCUUUUUUAUUUCCCCAUGGGAACAUUUUCACAUAGGAAUCUAUUUCAUCUCCUGGGAAAUCCCAGAAUAAAUCUUUGAUAGUAGGAGAUGACAUUUUUUGUAUGCAUCCCUUCAUGGGUAGGGUUCGGAGGGCAUGUAAAUUACUGAAAUCAAGGGACUCAGUGAGCAUUUUUCUUGUAACACAUCUGUGAGUACACAAGAUAGUCUAAAUGAGAAGCUGUGUAACUUUAGAGUGCUUUAAGCUCUCCUCUGAGAUUGAACUUAGCUCAUUUUAAAAUAGUCUUCAGAAGUGACAUUAAAGAAUUUGCAGGGCUUAUUCAGUGUACAUGCUGUCUUGGGUAGCAGCAUUUAUUCUAUCAACUCUGUUUAAACUGGUAGUAUUUUUAGAAAAGAAUUCUCAUGAAUCACUUCAAAAAAAAAAACAACACAAUUUUUGUGCAGUUAUCAGUAUGUAGAUCUCUGUGGGUCACAGAAGAGGUUUAUACCUCCACACCAAAGAACUAGCUUUUGAUUUCCUCACAUGUGAAAAGUAACUGGUCCAAUAAGGAGCCAUCUGUUAAGCCAGAAAGAUUAGGAUUUUUUGCUUGUCUAUUAAUUUUUAAUAUUCUAUUUAUUGUUUUCAAACAACAUGAUACUGUAUUAUUUCUUUUUAUUAUUUUUAUUAUUAAGAGAACAGUGCCACCACUCUCUUCCAGUAAGCUGUUCUUGAUCUGAACUGUAGACUGCAUUCAGAACUGGAACAGUUCUUGAGUGAUUUUCAAGUCAGGAGAACAUACCUUCUCCCUAUGGGUCUCAUUUUGGGAGGUUUUUUUAAAGGUGUACCAGAAUACUGUAAAAUAUAUUCCCUUUGUUCUACCAGUCAAAACAUGAAAACAUGGCCUUCCUCUUUGAAUAGGUCAUAAUGGUCAUUGUUCUUUGGGCAGUUAAUGCUGCUCUAGCUUUCACAAGGUUUUCUAUCUUUCUUUCAUGUAUUGCUAGAAAAAUCUGAUUGUGUAAGAACAUAAUUUAUCUACCAGGUCAAGACAAAAGUCCUUUUAUCCCAACAUCCUGCUGAUGAUGGUAAAAAACAAAUACUUAGCAAGAAGGGUAAAAUAAACAAGCAUACAGUGUAAUUUUCUUUGAUAAACCCUUCCACCCUCCAGCAGCCUGUGAUUAAACAUUUCCUGAGGGAAAAAUUGCAUCACUGGGUAUUUAAUAAUCCUUGCUAUACAUUUUCUCCCAUUACUUUGUCUGUUUGCUUUCUUGAUCCACAGUAUUUGUUUCUUCUAUAAUAAUGUAUGACAGUGAGUUCCACUGUUUAAUUACAUGUUGUGUAAAAAAACCAAUGUUACAGUUUCUAAUGUGCAAUUAAAUUUUCAGAGCAAGAAAUUGGUAACACACCAGAUUCUGUCCUGAUCAAUCACAGUUUAAUUCAAGAAUGUUACCUAAGAGGGAUACAGUUGACUAAAUCUUUGUUGUAAAUUUCUUUUUUUUUUUACCAUAUCAAAUGAGUAGACUUUGUUAGUAAGUAUUAAAAAAAUUGCUUUCAGCUAAAUCUAACUUUUUCCUAUUUAGAAGAAUAUUUAGCUGGGAUGAACCUUAAAUUUCAUCUAAAUUUCAGCAUUUGCAUGGAACGUCCUUAGCUACUGAUCAUGUAGUGAAUAUCAGGUCUUUUAGCUUUGCAGAGUUCGGGUCACAGUUGGUUAGGAUAUUGUUUUCAGAGAUGUAAUUAAACCAAAAGAUGUAUUUCUUGCUGAUAUUUUUAGCUCAGGUACAUUUUAAAACUUCCAGGUAAAAAGUUUUGCCUUAGGGUUUAUGAGGAUGUGUGCAGGCCAAGCUGGCUGAUAGACAUGGAGGGCUUAAUGGUCAUGUGAAGAUACAGUAAAAUAAAAUUUAUAUAAUUUGAAAUGUUUAUUUUCCAGAGCUCCUUUUGUAGGUUAAAUGCACAGCAGUGACUUUUCUCUCUGUUAUACAGAGGAGCCAAUAUACUGUUAUACACCACACAACUUCACCCGCGAUCAAGCCUUGUAUGCCAGAGGAUAUUGUUGGACAGAAUUAAAAGAUGCCUUGCCAGGAGUUGAUGCCAACCACUGGCCCUCCUUGUUUGAGCAUAAGUUCCUACCUUAUGCACUACUGGCUUUUGCUGGGAUAAUGUACAUUCCAGCUCUGGGUUGGGAAUUUCUCGCCUCCACCCGGCUGACUUCAGAGCUCAAUUUUUUGCUUCAGGAGAUUGAUAACUGCUACCACCGUGCAGCUGAAGGGCGGGCACCAAAAAUAGAGAAACAGAUUCAGUCUAAAGGCCCAGGGAUCACCGAGAGAGAAAAAAGGGAAAUUAUUGAGAAUGCAGAGAAGGAAAAAAGCCCUGAACAGAACUUGUUUGAGAAAUACCUGGAAAGAAGAGGACGAAGUAACUUUUUAGCUAAGCUUUAUCUUGCAAGACACCUGUUCAUCAUCUUUUUAAGCAUCAUACCAAUCACAUACUUAUCUACCUACUAUGCUACACAGAAGCAAAAUGAAUUUACAUGUGCACUAGGAGAGCCUCCAGACAAAACUAGCAGCUCCAAAUUGCACAUCAGAGUGAACUGUAAGCUGCCGUCUGUGCAGCUCCAGCGGAUUAUUGCUGGUGUAGAUAUUGUUCUCCUCUGCUUCAUGAACUUGAUAAUCCUCAUCAAUUUAAUUCAUCUCUUCAUAUUUCGCAAGUCUAACUUCAUAUUUGAUAAACUGAACAAAGUUGGAAUAAAGACCAAGAAACAGUGGCAGAAGUCCCAGUUUUGUGAUAUCAAUAUUUUGGCCAUGUUUUGUAAUGAAAAUAGGGACCACAUAAAAUCAUUGAACCGUCUGGAUUUUAUUACAAAUGAGAGUGAUCUGAUGUAUGACAAUGUGGUACGCCAGCUGCUUGCAGCGUUGGCCCAGUCCAAUCAUGAUGCCACUCCAACUAUGCGUGAUUCGGGGAUCCAAACAAUAGACCCAAGUGUUGAUCCAGCAGACAUUGAUGCUAAUGAACAGCUCAUCAUUAAGAGACCAAGGAAGAAGAUGAAAUGGAUCCCAACUACCAAUCCCCUUCCUCAGCCAUUCAAGGAACAGUUAGCCAUUAUGAAGGUUGAAAACCAUAAACCUGAUAAACCGAAGCCUGUGCGGAGAAAAACAGCAACAGACAGCCUUAUAGCUCCUUUGUUAGAGUCUGCUGCAAAAACCUCACAGCAAUCGUCCACUCAUAAAACCGAGCCAAGUGCUAUGCCAAGCACAAGCAGCGAAAAAAAGCACACACGGCACUUUUCCUUGGAUGUUCAUCCGUAUAUACUUAGUAGCAAAAAACCCAAGCCAGAGGUUCAAGCCAUCCCCUCGAUGCCUACAUCAAAAAGCCAAGAGGGUGGAUUUUUAAACCAGGAAGAAAACGUUGUAGUGCACGUUACCUCCUCUCUCAAAGACACCCCUCAUCCUGCAAAAGAGAUCCUGUACUCAUCUGAGACAUGUAGAACUGUGCCUGCUGCUGCAGCUUUUGUCACAUGUAACCACAACCAUAUAGCCACAACUGCUGCUGCCACCAGUAUGGCUUUGAACCAGGGCAAGCCAGAGCCAACACCUGCACUGAACUGCAACCCAGCCCACCCUUUGCUGCACAUCAACACGCUGUACGAGGACCAUGAGGAGGAGGUUUCAAACAUAAUGGACAAUGGGAUUCACUCACCGACUGACACCGGGGAGAUUCUCUCCAUCCCUACCCCAAAGCAGAUAAGGUUGGCAACGUUUGACGAGCCAAUGGCGAUUGUGAGCUCGGUGGAGUACUGAAGGCCUCGGGCUGCCCCGCUGGCCCCUGUGGCUGGGCCUGAGACCACUACAGUGCAGAACAUGGUCCCCCCAGCAAUGCAACUCACUGCAUGAGCAUGGAGAGUUUUCGCACAGACUAUAGCUUCUGCUGAUAACACCAAACGGUUUUUCAAGAUCACAUCAUGAGCACUGUCAGUUAUUUGCGAAAUAGAAUAAAGAAAUUCUGGUGGAAAUAGACCUUUAACACUAAGACAACCACUAGCUCUAGCUCUAAACAAUAGCUUCCUGAUUUAAAUGGGAAUUAGCACAAUUUAUGAAGAUUAGGAGUCUAAUGGCUUGCCACAGCAAUUUUAGUGAGUGUUUAAAUCCUUUGCAUUCAGAAUUACUGAUUGAAGUUAAAAGAACAUGGAGGUGAGGUAUACUUUUUUAAUGGCAGCAGUUAAAUAAGAGUUCUUUUCUAAGCAGAGAGGAUUUUUUUUUAAUUCAGGAUUUUGAAAAAAUUAUAUGCAAGCAAAAUUUGUUUUUGUUUCUUUCUUUAGCUCACUGAUGUUGGGCUUGAUGGAGACUUAGCUGAAAGGGCCUUACUACCACCAGCAUGUAAGUGCAAAAAGAUUGAUACACUCAAUCUCUUGCAUUUAUAAAUGAAAAUACCUGAAGUAUGCCCCGCCCUUUAACAUGCUUAUAUGUUUGAUGGAAGAUGAUUAAAUUAAGAGUUUAUUUUUUUAAAUAUAUUUUACCAUGGAAAAAAUUACUUUAUUAACUUUUCAAACCAGGUGUUACUUUUAACAAAAUGUGUAGAAGAGAGUCAUUGUAGCUGCUUAUUUUUUCAUAGUGUAUUUAUGAACCAGGUUAGAAACUUUCAUGGGUGCUUCACUGAUACGAAAAAUCUUACGGAGUUCAUUACAAAAUAUCUUACAAAAUAUGAAACCAGCAAACCUGUUUUCAAAUAACACACAGUUAAAGAUGUCUAUGAAUUUAGUUCUGCAGAUUUGGCUAGUCCUUGAUUCAGCAAACACUCAAGGCCAUGGGUGACACUGAAAUGACUCAUGUCUAAAUCUAAGCACACACUGAAAUGGCUUUGCUGGAUCUGGGCUCUAGUGCAGGCAGACGAUAAUCCUGUGGUAUGUGCUAUCACUCUGAUUCAAUAUUUGCCAUCCUUGGCUCAAAGCACAUCUUCAUGCCCAUCUUCCUAUAAUUACGGUAUGUGUGAUUUAAUAGAAAACUAUAGUAUAACUAAAACAUCUAUUAAAAGUGUAUCAUGCAAUAACCAUUCUCAGCAAAAUUAUAGUGAAACAAAAAGUGACUGUGUUAAAAUAAUAUUCCUAGCUGCAUUCGGAAUUACAGACUGUGUGUGUUUGCUUCAAAAUUAUGUAUAAUGGUAGAAAAAAAUAUGCAGCACAAAUAUGGGACUGAAAUCUUGAGUUUAUUUUUAAUUUAUUACCUCAGACAUGCAUAUAUUAUACCAAUAUUUAAUGAAAAUAGCACUGAAAAUAAAUACCUAUUAUUCUGAA